AAGCCGCUUCUACAUAUAAUUUGAGUAACAUUUUCUGUUUUGUGCUUUAAAAACAAGUAAAUACAAUUGCCUUGAACGACCAACUUCUGGAAAUAUGUACUUUAUACAUUUUCGGCACCGAAAGUCGCGGGCGGAUGACGUCACGGCGUAUCCGAAUAAUGACGCUGUUUGAUCAUUGUAAAAACCCGCCGUUAAAAAAUGAGAAUUAGGUCAGCGAGCUAAUGCAGUUGCUUGUAACAGUUGUAUUUUCAUUCAUGGAGGCUUACUCGACGCUUGCCGGGACACAUAACAACCUGUUCGGAAGAGGGUGAGAGAUGUGCGGUGUUGCCAGCAUCUGUAGACGGGAGUACUAGCCGUUAGACCGGUCCAUUUGUGCGCCUACCUCCCACCGUCUGUCUUGGACACCGACACACGAGCCCGGUGAACGUCCGCGCUACGGUGCGUACCGGCCCGGGUGCCGCUGAAUGGUUAGCGGCUGGGAAGGACAGACGUCGGGAGCUGCUCGGGUGAAACACCCCGCGCCUCGCCCCGGAUAGCCAGACAGCAACACGGCGCACGCUGGUGGAGUUGCAUCAAUUGAAAAGUCUUGGUACGUGAAGAUGACUUCCAAAGACAUGUGAGCCUCAACUCUUCUGCCUAAAACUGCAUUUACGCUAGAUAGACAUUUGCACAGUUUAAUGAUGUCAAGCCGCCGAAAAUCAACAACGCCUUGCAUGGUGCUGCCCUCUGAUGUGGUGGAGCAGUUACCAUGUGAUGAGCUGGAGGGGAUAACUGAAAGAACAAAAGAUCAUACUGAUGGGGUGGACGGAACAGUAGAUACGGUUCCAACAGCUGAGGAACUGGAUCCUACAGCAGUGGUUGUCCCUACCGUACCAGAUGCUGGCGAAUCCAACAAUUUAGAGGAGAAAGAUGCGCUGAGUCCUUCACUAAAGUUUAGCACCACAAACGCUCCAGAGUGUCGGGGCAGUGACCAGUAUCAGCAGUGUGACAUGCCUGAGGAAGCAGAAGCAGAUGCCACAACUGUUUGCGCCAUUUCUCUCAGCAAGACCCCAAUCAUGAGGAUGAAGACCAAAUCUGAACCCAAGAAAAUCACAUCUUCCCUCAAUGCAUCGGAUGAAGUAGUGGAGUAUUUUGAAAGAGGGGUCGAAGGCAAGCUGGGCGGAGAGCAGGAGCCAAUCGAAGCUCCUCUGGGUCCCAUGGCAUCUAUGGAGAUGCUGCUGCACGACUCCAUGAAGCUCGGAGGAGGCAACUUCCUGUUCAGCCAACCCUCAGAGAAGCCAAGGAAGUCAUCCAUUUUAAAUCCUACUGUUAUUCCUCCUGGCCUGGCACAGGUGCUUUCUGCUUUCCAAGCGCAGCAAACCACAGCAGCUCAACCCCAGCUGCUCAUACCUCUGAGCAGCAUUCCCUCUUAUAGCGCAGCUAUGGACACCAACCCUCUACUGGGCGGCACCUACAAGAAGUUUCCCUACCCCUCAUUGGCUGAGAUCAACAGUCUGGCAGGGCAGACGCAAUUCACAGAGGAGCAGAUUAAGGUAUGGUUCUCUGCCCAGCGGCUGAAGCACGGCGUCAGCUGGACCCCAGAGGAAGUAGAAGAGGCUAGGAGGAAACAGUUCAAUGGCACCGUACACACUGUGCCUCAAACUAUCACUGUCAUACCUGCUCACCAGCUCUCAGCUGCUGCCAACGGCCUACAGUCCAUUCUUCAGACCUGCCAGAUAGUGGGCCAGCCAGGCUUGGUAUUCACGCAGUUGGGUCCAGGAGGAAACCUUCCAGUGACCAAUCCCAUUACUCUGACAGUGGCAGGUCUGCCCAGUCAGUCCCAGAGUUCCAGCAGAGUUUCCUGCCAGUCGACCCCAACAAAUAGUGAUCUUAAACGGGCUACCACCAUUCAGCCCCCCUCUCUUUCCCCCCAGGAGAACUCAGCCUUGAAUGCAGACACAUUCAGUAUGCGGCCGAAGAAGUCCAAAGAGCAGCUAGCGGAGCUGAAAGCCAGCUACCUGAAAAACCACUUUGUCAGUGAUGCAGAGAUUGCACGCUUGAUGAACAUCACCAAUCUGACCAAGGGCGAGAUCAAAAAAUGGUUCAGUGACACCAGGUACAACCAACGAAACUCCAAAAACAAUGUGAUUGUUUUCCAUGAUGGAGGUGGCAGAGGAGGAGGCGGUAGCUGUAGCAGCAGCGCCAACGCCACCAUUGUCAUCGACUCAAGCGACGAAACCCCGUCCUCCCCACACCGUACCCGCACGCCUCCUGUGAGGGAGAAGGAGACCCGGCCCAAGACGUGGAAUCCUUUCCCCGACUUCACUCUGCAGAAGUUUAAAGAGAAGACACCGGAGCAACUGGUGGUGCUAGAGGAGAGCUUUGAGAAGAGCAGCACUCCAUCAGAUGAAGAUCUGAGCCGCCUGAGAGCGGAGACAAAACUGACACGCAGGGAGAUUGAUGCCUGGUUCACAGAGAGACGAAAACUGCCGACAAUCAGCACACCCUCUCCAGAUUCUUCUGAAGGAGGGCCAACAGACACCGGUGGAUUGAACACAGUAGAUGUCGGGGCUUCUUGCUCUCCCUCCUCCUCUCGCACAGUUAGUCAGACUCCGCCCGGAGGCCGCAGUAAGCAGAUAGCAACCAGCAGCAGCAGAGAAAUCAAAGAUAAGACUAAAAAGACACCAGAACAGCUCCAUCUUCUUAAAAGUGCCUUUGUGCGAACUCAGUGGCCCACCACAGAGGAAUACGAACAGCUAGCAGAGGAAAGCGGUCUGCCCCGACCUUACGUCGUCAGCUGGUUCGGGGAUUCCCGGUACUCCUGGAAGAACGGGAACCUUAAAUGGUUCUUUCAGUACCAAAGUGGCAACGUGGAGGGCCCAAACAGUGGGGGGAGCAACAAAUUGGGUAGUCGAAAAAGACGUCCCAGAAAUCGUGGUUGGGGGAGAUCUCGAACCCGCAAGCAGCCGAGGCGGUCCGCCUCGUUUAGUUCAGACCUGGACAUGUGUCCCCCGCCAAAGAAAUUCAAGAGCGGCAGGGACAUCCUGAAGGAGUAUUACCUGAAGCACCGCUUCCUCAGUGAGCAGGACCUGGAUGAGCUUGUCACCAAAACCAAUAUGAGCUAUGAACGGGUGAGGGAAUGGUUCGCUGAGGUCCAGAGACGACUGGAUAUGGGGGCAGACCCCUUCCAGGAACCGACUUUGGGGAGGGCAGACGGAGGAGAAGGCGCAGACGAGAUCCAGAUAGAGGCAUCGAGUGCCAACAAGGAGUCCUUAGGUGCUGAAAUGGGAGAGGACGACGAAGAUGACGACGAGGAGCAUGAUGAAGAAGACACAGAUGACAGUGAGACAGGCCUGGAUGCGUACAGCAGUUGUCUAGAUUGGAUCGGCAACAACAAUCUGUCUAUUAAGAGAGAUAUAUUGGAGGGAAUGGUUCGAUGUUGCACCAAGCUUGGUCAUAGAGACAGAGCGAUGGACUUAGUUGACAUUCUGAGCAAAGAAGCAUCAAACACUUGUCACUUGACCAGCCUGCUGCUGCUUAAGGUCAGCGUCUACCAACAUUUUGGUGCCAUCGGUCCCAGGAUGUUGUCUCUGCAGGACCUGUGCAGCUUGUUGCCCUUUAACCCCUGGAACUGGUUCAACCUGGGAAAGAUGUGUGUGCAGCUGCUAGAGGACAACACAGCCUUGGAGAAGAGCACAGAAGCUGAAGACCCAGCAUAUCUCGCUGAAGGGAAAGUGUGGUUGAAGGCCUGCACGUGUCUCAUCAGGACCAGACUCCUGCUAGGAAUCUUACAGCAGCAGCAGUCAUCCUUUGUGCUGCGGCGUAACCAAAAUGUCCUGCAAUCAGCAGAGGAAGCCUUAAAACAUCUUAACCCCAAAGAAAGCACUCUGCACACCCUCACUGAGGUGAUGUCAAAAGACCUAAACACAGAGAAGAUGAAAGAGGACUACCAAGAUGGCGAGAGUCUGUCCAGUGUGUGCUUGCAGAGCUUCAGUGAACGCUGGUGGAACCACAUCUUACUGACAGGAGUUCUGGAGGCCGAAGGACGAGACACGCAAAGCGACAAAACAUAAUGAAUGUUCCUGCGCGAACACAAGCUGCUCUCAAUUUAAAAGAGAACUUGGACUGUGUCACUUGUUCCCAGAAUUGAAAAAUCCAUCAAACAGCAAGAUCUUGUAUGGCAUCUUGAUGGCAAAUGGAGAAGUACAUGGUGGGAUUGAAUGUGUCACAUGAUCACGAUCACAAGAUUUAAAUGAUUUUGUGACGUUAAUGUGCGUCAUAAUGGGAACAAAGAUGCAUUUGUAAAUCUCUUUUUUUAUUUACUUGAAAAUGGUAAUGCCUGAGGAUAUUUUAAUAAAAUAUUUUAUGUCAUGUU